AUGAGUGACUACGAGGCGGUAGCAAAACGUAAAAAGAAAUUAAAAACGCAAAAACCUAAAACAACACAUGUGAAACCGAAACAGCGACAGCACAACCAAAAACAAAAAAGGAAAAUCCAAUUAACCCAGGAAUUUGAGGAAAAUGAAAAAGAGGUAAUGACGCUGCUGGAGAACACAAGUUUAUUUAGUGAGUCCAGUAAUAAUAGCCAUCGCGAUGAGGAUAAUAAAUCACCCAGUGAAAGAUUUUUUUGUGGCACCAAAGAACACCAGGACAUUAGGUCUACCACAACGGCUAAUACAAUACAAGAAAUGGACAGUGAAGAGUCACAGUAUGAGGAAAGACUAUCAAAGGAAUCAAUGGAUGAUGUAUCCACUACAACUAGAAGUAUACAGCCAACAUUGGCUGCCACAUUUAUACAAAUAGAGUCUGAAGAUACACAGACUUUGGUGAGACAGGAGUGUUCCCUUUACUUAACACAACAACAGCAGUUUGUUUACAAACCCAAACUACAACUGGAGACCAGUUUGAAUUCCUUCUCCAUACAGGGACAGCUGGACAAGAACACUAUCUUAAUGCUAAAUCGUUUAAUCAUGGAAUUUAAAACACGCAAAGAGAAAAUCGAUAAAAAUAUGUUAAAGGAUUUUAAGAACUAUCACAAUUUCUAUAAUGAUGAUAUUUUAUACAAGACCUAUUGCGAAUACAAAUUUAAACCUAUAUUCCUAGAGCCUUCUCUAGAGAGUUGGGCUGUUCCCUCUAAGAAGCUGCUCACUUUAUAUCUCAAAGAUUUACGUUUCACUGAACAUCCUUUGCUGCAAGAAGAACAUCGUUUGGCCAAUACCUUAGAGCUUUUGUACGAACAUCGCCAACAACGUUUAAAACAGAAAAUCACUGAAAAACUAUAUGCUGAUUUACAAAUCGAAAGAAAUAUUUUAAAUGAACUUUUAACGGCCGCAGAAAAUGUUUCCCGAAAUGAUAAGAGCAAAGAGAAGAGAGCUUUAAAAAUAGAGCAUCAUUUGUACAAAGUUAAAGCUUUGCGUGAGAAACUUUACGAUGAGGAGCUUUCAAAUAAACAACUUUUACAAGAAAUUCUCAAUUCAUGGGUCAAGCUAAAGCAUCUAAGACGCCAGCAAGAGCAACACUAUACCCGGCUAAAAUUACGCAUCAAGAUCGAGGACUUACAUUUAGCUGAAAGUAAAUCCCGCCAACGCUUGUGGACUCAACGUUUUGAUACAGAUCUUAAUGAAAUUUAUCGCGAGCAAUUGGAGGAAUAUUAUCGCAAUAAACGUUUAAGGCAACAACACAAAGCUGGAGGAGAAUAUGUUGCUAAGCCACAUAAACCAGACAUUGGCAUGGUGUCUUCAGAAUUGCGAGAAAAGUUUAACAAAUGUUUUCUAAAUCCCAAAGAACCUCGUGUAGAAGUUGUGCGCAUAUUUGGCAAUAAUGGUGAUUAUGCGGAAUUGCCAGGUCCACGCAAGUUACAGAGUUUUUUUAUGCGCAUAUUUUUUGAUCGCCAAAUGGUGGGAGAGACACGGAUUUGUCGUUUGGAGAGAGAUUUGAGUGUUGUGGUGAAUGAAAAGUUGGGCAUAAUGUUGAAUAGAAGAUUGCCCAGAGAUAUUAGGAUUAAGCUCUAUAAAAAAUCCAAAAUAUCCUCCGCUCAAAAAAUAGCCAACAUUAUUGUACCACUACCUCUAUCCACCAACAUAGAGCCAGAACCUCGUACUAUAACCAUUACAUUUUCUUCACAUAAACAACCAAUAUCAGGUUAUAUAAGGCUAAACCUAGAAACAGAUGAACAAUUUUAUCCCAAUGAAAUGGUGCGUAAAUUAUUUCCCGCUCCCCAACAACACACUACAAUACCCAAAAACUUAUUGCGGGAAUGGUAUGAAAGAAAGCUGCUUACCACACCUGAAAAUGGACAAGCAGCUUUAUUAUCUUCAAAAUCUGGCAGUGACACAGAAAGUGAUACCGAAAAACUGGCAACAGCACUUAGUGAAACCUGCACCUUCCAAGAAGAUCUCUUGCAAUUUUGUGAGCCUUCAGAGUUGGAAAAUAAUCCAAGACUUAAAGUUUUACAUUCACGUUAUUUGAAAAAUGAUGUGAGAACUAGAGACUUGAAAUUUAUACCCAUGUUGGAUCAUGAGUUAGAGUUUGAAUGGGAAAACACACAACAAUCGGUAAUAGAUCCGGGCAAUUGGAUGGAUCCCAUUGAUUUGCAUAAACAUGAGGGUAAGAAAUAUUUAAAAAGUCUUUAUGAGGCCAUACAAAAUCAGUGUAGUCGUUUGACUAAAGUGGUGGAGAGCAGGGAAAAUUUGUUGUUAAAUGAUGAGCCCAUAAGCUGGGCUGCCUUUUUUCAAACCAUCAAACUAAUAUUCCAGCCCAGACUUAACCUGAAUGCUGACAAGAAUUUGUCUAUUGGCUCCAGCAAUCCAAGUUUGUCUUUAGAAUAUGCUCAAAAUUUUAAAAUUAUUUGCAAUAUCGUAAGAGCUACGGGUAUACCGGUGAGAAUUACAAAUCCGGAGGAUACGGACAGUAGGGGAAGGAGUACUCCAGAGUCCUCUAAUGUAUUUGUAUUGCAGAACUUGAAAUAUUCCAAUGUGAGACCAUUUAUUGCAGUGAGUUAUAAGGAUAAAUUUGGUCGUACUAUGACUGCCGAGGGAUCAAAUCCUACUUGGAAUGAACAGUUGAUAUUGCAGUUGAGCGGCAGUCUGUCCGAUCUGCAUGAUGAUCUAAGAAUCUCUCUUUACGAUGAGGUCGUAGAAAAUCAAAUGAAUGAUGAUCCGGCCUUAAAGAACAUGGACAUUUACCAAAGGAUACAAAACAAUUGGUUGGGAGAAUAUCGCAUACCCAUCAAUGCCAUAUUAACACAACAAAAGAUGGAUGCAGUUUUCGAGCUGUCGUCACCCAAAAUUAUAAUAGGCUACAAAAGACCUUCCCUGGAAAAUAUUACCACAAAUGCCGAAACAAACAUUAUGAUAGAACAGUUUCCAGAAAUUAAAGAAUCUGUUAGAUUAUGGUGUUUUAUUAGUUUGGAACCUAGUUUUGAGUUGCCCUCGGUAAAUACCAAAUGCCUGGAAUGCUCAGAGUUAAUUGAGGUGAGGCAGCAUCUUGGCGAUUGGAGUUUUCAGGCAUUGGAAAUGCAGCCUCAAAGAUUUAUGGAACCUUUAGUAUGCACGGCGGAGGGUAAACGUUUGUGUGUUACCAGGAUAUUGCAAGCUAUCGCUCCUCCCAUAGAAGCUAGUGAGAAUUUGCUAGAUAGUGCUUGCCGGUUUGUGUCGUUGUUGGCGACCCCGAAAUUCUAUGAUCCCUGCAUGAGAUUUACAGGAAUAUGGUUAAAUAAUCAGUUACUUUUGGACACCACCUGGGGUUCUGCUAAGGAUUUGGGAGUUUUACUUUGCAACUAUUUAUUGUAUUUGGGCUUGCAAAGCUCCUUAGUUUUGGGUGUAGCCUAUCCCUAUGGAGAUUGCUCGUUUGUUUUUUAUACUAAUGAAGACAGUGAAAUGUUUUUCAUAGAUCCUUGUACAGGCAAACGUUAUGCUUUGAAAGAUGUAUUUUGUCCUCUGCAAACCAUUAAAAUGGUGAUAACGCAAAAUAAUUUUUAUUUAAACAUACAAACGGAAUCUCGUGUCUCCAUGAUGAAUUUCAACUGGAAUGAUACAUCUUGCUGGCUGCCCGGCUUUACUAAAAAAAAUCCCGCACCUUUGGGUGGUUUUCAGUCUCUGGUUUAUAAAUAUCGUUUGAGUGAUAAUAUUUCGGAGCUGAAAUAUAAUAUUGAAAGGAAGAUUAUGAAAAAGAUUAGUGCCUGGCGCACUAUGCGCAAAACUAUAUGGAAUAGAGCUUUUCAACCUCGUUUGUUAACAAUUUUACAAAAUAUGGAGCAGAGUGUUACCUUUGGUUCUGGUUCUUCCUAUGAGGAGUUGAAAUACAAUAAUAUGUUAGCAGCGGAGUUUCCCAAUUAUAAAAUAUUCGGCUUUACCCUCAACUUUAGCUACACAAAUUUGAAUCAAAUUUCUGAGCGUAUCAAAACUACCGGUCUACACUUGAAUACCAACAAAAACGUUGAAUAUUCUUUGGCGGUGCACAUACAUCCGUAUCCCAAUAAUAUCUUAUCGGUGUGGUUAUUUUUAAUAACAAUUGUGCCAGUUUAA